UAAGGCACUAGUAAAUGUUUAAAUAGCACACUUCACCUACCAGUGGUUUUCUGUAAUUCUGUCCAGGAAGUUAUAAACCAGAACACUUAUUUCAUUUUUCACUUGUACUGCCACUACAACUUAGAAAUGUCACAAGCCGACUCAGUCAAGAAGGCUAUAGAGGAGCUGUCGACGAAUUUUGAGGAGAAGAUGGCCAAGUUUGAGGGUGACCUGAAUAAAGCCGAAGCAAAUAACCCAGCAGUUUCAUCGCUGGCGACUGCCUUCACUGCAUUCAAAUCCUGUAUCCUGAAGGCCUUGGAUGUGCUUCAAGCGCAAGUAGCCCAACUUACACAGCAGGUUGACAAGAUGGAGAUGCGAUCCCGGCGUAAGAUGUUACUGGUGCAUGGAGUUUCUGAGGUCCAAGACGAGAGUGCAGCGGAUACCGUGGUGCGGGAGCUCAAGACCGUUCAUAGUAGCCUCUCAGUUGAUCACAUAAGCCGUUGUCAUCGAUUAGGCCGUCCCCGAAGUAACAAACCCAGACCUAUAAUAGUUAAGUUCUGUGACAGUGCAAUUCGGGACAAGCUGUGGUUCGGUAAGGUGGCUUUAAAGGGAUCCGGUACUACAAUCUCGGAGUUUCUAGCGACGACGCGUAGUCAGUUUAGCGGAGCUUGAUGCCAUCCCCGAGGCACAGGUGUCGCCUGCCACUUCAACGCCGAAUCCCGCAGCGCCUCAGGGUUCUGGGGUCAGUGGAGCUGGAAAGCCGCCGGUCAAGCAAUUUGUGAGGGCAAAUCGUGGCUCAGCAAAACCCAAAAUCUAGAGUAACUUUUUUACUUGGCCGUACUACACUGAAAUAGUCAUCGGACAUCUUAACUUGGUCGGUUUUCACUGGUGUUUAACAUUUUUUAGUUUACCCACUUAUUUAUCAUUUUUUAACACUGUUUAAUUGCUACAACUACAAUUUUUGUUGUUAUUCCUUUACUUUGGCAGUCA